UCUGCUCCAGCACCAGAGAGAGAGAGAGAGAUGCGCUCAUUGACUGCACGGCAGCAACGAAAUGCGCACAGCUCCGCUCCGGAUCCGGGGACAGCAGAGCCCUGACCCCUGCUCUCUCACUGCGAUGGGUUAGAGGGGACAUGGCAAACUUUGACACACUUUGCUUGACACAGGGGAAUCAUGCCCGGAGCUCCGCGCUGCCGAGCGGCUCAGCUCAGAGCACAAUAACGGAGAAGUGAGAGAGAAGGAGAGAGAAAGAGAGAGAGACGAUUCUAUUUUCUGACUGUUUAUGUCCCGCUUUCUUUGGCUUUGAGAGAUGAUCACGGAGCUGGUGUGCACCGCCGUGGCUGUGGGUCUCUAUCUGAACACGCUGGACGCGGAUUUCUGCUACGAUGACAGUCGAGCCAUCAAGACGAACCAGGACCUUCUGCCAGAGACGCCUUGGACCAACAUCCUGUAUGAUGAUUUCUGGGGGACGCUGCUCACCCACAGCGGCAGCCACAAGUCAUUCCGCCCGCUCUGCACCCUCUCCUUCCGCCUCAACUACACCCUGCACGGCCUGCGACCUUGGGGUUACCACUUGCUGAACAUCGUGCUGCACGGCCUGGUCACGGCUCUGGUCACGGCCCUCAGUCACUCGCUGCUCGGCAGGGGCUUGUGGAGCCUCCUCGCCGGCCUCCUGUUUGCCUCUCACCCGGCGCACACCGAAGCGGUCGCCGGCGUGGUCGGCAGGGCAGACGUCGGUGCCGCUUUGUUUUUCCUGCUGUCUCUCCUGUGCUACACGAGACACUGCGGAUUACGGGGUGACAAAUGGAGGGCUUUUCAAAGGAGGACAUGUGGCGGCGGCUCCGCCACCAGAUGCUGGGGCUGGAUGCUGGGCAGCCUGUGGUGUGCAGCUGCCAGCAUGUUGUGGAAGGAGCAGGGUGUGACUGUGCUGGCUGUGUCGGCCGUGUACGACCUCUUUGUGUUCCAGAAGCUGCGCGUUCGCCAGGCACUGCUGCUCCUGUUAGGGAAGAAAAAGAACCUCAGUGUUUUGCUGAGUCUCUGCACGCUGGCCUGCUGGGGAGUCAUUUUGCUGUCAGUCCGCCUCUACUGGAUGGGAAACAAGCCUCCAAACUUCUCCAACUCAGACAACCCGGCAGCCGACUCUCCACAUUUUCUCACUCGAACGCUAACAUUCCUCCACUUGCCUGCAGCCAAUGCCUGGCUCCUGCUCUGCCCGGACAAGCUGAGCUUUGACUGGUCCAUGGACGCCGUGCCCUUGGUCAGGUCCUGGGCCGACUGGAGGAACCUUCACACUGCUGCCUUUUACUGCGGGUUGAGCCUCCUGGCUUUGUUUGGCUUCCGCGGUGCCACUGUCGCAGCGAAGGAGACCAACGGGAAAUCCCAUCUAACAAAUGGAAAAUUGGUCACGAAUGGAAAUGGUUACCAUGCCCCUGACACAAACCAAAACACGGAUCUGCCAAAACCCACUCUCAAUGGGUCUGCUGUACCUCACCGCUGUUACUCCCACACAUCCCUGCCCCCCACAGAAAGCUUAGUUGUGUUUUCACUGGGAAUCCUGGCAUUGCCUUUCAUCCCAGCCACCAACUUAUUCUUUUAUGUGGGUUUUGUGAUUGCAGAGAGGGUACUUUACAUCCCCAGCAUAGGCUAUUGCAUACUAGUUGCGACAGGUGCACGGACGCUGUAUGUUAGACUGAGGACAAGAGCCUGCAAGGCUGCAUUGUUGUGUCUUUGCAUUGGACUCGUGCUACUGAACGGGCUCAAAACAGUUCAAAGGAACAAAGACUGGAGCAACGAAGAAAAUCUUUACAAGUCUGGGAUCCAUGUGAACCCUGCAAAAGCCUGGGGAAACCUGGGAAACGUACUGAAGAACCAGGGCAAUAUGGCGGAGGCGGAGAAGGCAUACCGAAAUGCUCUUCACUACCGAGGGAACAUGGCUGACAUGCUGUAUAACCUGGGUUUGCUGCUGCAGGAGAACGAACGUUUCUCCGAGGCGCUGCAGUAUUACAAGCUCGCCAUUGGGAGUCGACCAACUCUGGCAUCGGCUUACUUGAACACAGGAAUAAUCCUCAUGAACCAGGGCAACGUGGAGGAGGCCAAGCGCACCUUCCUCACUUGUGCUGACAUUCCAGAUGAAAACUUGAAGGAUCCUCACGCCCACAAGAGCUCAGUCACCAGCUGCCUGUAUAACCUGGGGAAGCUGCUUCAUGAGCACGGCCAGCAGGAGGAGGCUCUGUAUAUUUAUAAAGAAGCAGUGCAGAAAAUGCCAAAACAGUUUGCACCACACAGCCUUUUCAACAUGAUGGGAGAGGCCUAUAUGCGGCUCAACAGGCUGGAGGAGGCUGGUUACUGGUACAGAGAAUCCCUCAAAGCCAAGCCUGACCACAUCCCUGCCCACCUCACCUACGGCAAACUAUUGUCAAUCAUUGGGGAGAAAACUGAAGCAGAGAAAUACUACAUGAGAGCAAUUCAGCUCGAUCCAAUGAAAGGAAACUGUUACAUGCACUACGGUCAGUUCCUGUUGGAGCAGUCUCGUCCUAAGGAAGCGGCGGAGAUGGCCGAGAGAGCCGCCGAGCUGGACAUGGAUGAAUUCGACGUGGUCUUCAACGCUGCUCACAUGCUCAGACAGGCCAAUCUAAACGAAGCAGCGGAGCGGCAGUAUAAACGUGCAGCCAGCCUCAGACCAGAUUAUCCAGCUGCUCUGAUGAACCUUGGCGCCAUCCUUCACCUGAACGGGAAGCUUCCCGAGGCGGAGGCCAACUACCUACGAGCCCUUCAACUAAAACCUGACGACGCCAUUACUCAGUCCAACCUGCGCAAGCUGUGGAACAUCAUGGAGCGACAGGGGCUCAAGACGAAGCAGAGAGAGGAGCCCUAAACCCAGAAGGAUGCCGUCUCCUUUCUUUGCGGCGCUCGAAGCGUGGAGCGGGACGGAAACAAAAUGCUCAGUCGAGUUCGGGGACGGUCGACGUUGGUAUGAAUGAAGUUUGAUGGGAAACUUCUGCAUUACACCGCAGUGUUCAUUUGGUGGCUCAGACUACUAAAAUUAAAUCUAAUGGUUCUUUUACCAUAAAUGUGACACAGCUCUUGUUAAAGGACACAAAAACGGGGAGAUGCACCGAGAAAUUGGCGAGGGACUAGCUCCGACCAGUGGUGUCAAAAACUCACGAAUGCUUUCUUUUCUUCCAGCAGUAACCAAGCAGGCACUAACAACAGCACAGGUUGGAAUCUGUCGCUGUGGGAAUUAGGGAGGCAUCAGAGGAAGCCGUAUCAAAGGGAAGAGAGAGACCUCGGCAGAUACCAGAUGGACUGGGGUACAAACAUAGACGGCCUCUUUGAAAUCUCAGAGUUACAGCAAAAUCCAUUCUCCAGGACAGUGGUUCUCAAUCUUUUUCACCUCAGUACAUUCUAGCUUUCUGAGUACCUCCAUGAUCAUUGACAUUUUUAAACCAGUAACACAACAAGACUCGGACUUUCUUGGUUCCUUAAUUUUUUCUUCUAAAUAUAAUACAAUACUUGAACAACUGGUAAUAAACAGUUUAUUUGCACUUCUGACAGUAUCUCACAAUCACAUUAAGAAUUGCCCACAUUCUACCGUACAGUGCUUCUUUUAAUUAAAGUUAAUAAAAUGCCAAGAUUUACAUAUCAGUUCAUAUUUCUUAUCACUGAGCACUGCAGUUAGAGUCAAUAUCUUUCUCUAAUCCAUGUUCCAGAGUGAAAAAUAGUGAGGCAUAAAGCACCUAAGAAUAAAGCAAUAUGUCAGAUAUUCCAACAUCAAAAACUGACAUACAAGAGAAAAUGUAUUUGCACCAAAAAACUUUGCUUUCUUUGUCCUUUUAACAUUUUUUACGCUAAUAUAAACUAUAAAGGGGCUUUUUUGGUGUGCUUCUUAAAAUCAAACAACAAAAGCUGUACUUCACAUUUUCACAACAAAAACAAAUAAGGUAAAUAUAAAACAAUUGAAUCGUAUAUUAAAUUUUUUUCAUCCGGUCUUGUUCUGGAGGAGGGACUCAGAAAAUUACAGAACAAGUUUGAGAACCGCUGUUCACUUGGAGACUGCGCUUCGUAGCUCAAAAGGCUAGCUGCACUAAUCAGGCUCAAACACAAAACACUGAGGACAUCCAAAUAUUAACUGUGUGAUUAUACAGUAAUUUAUAUAUAAAUAAAGACUGACCACUUAGGAAUGGAAGACUAGAAAAAUGUUUUCAUAAGCCAUGAAUCAGUAAAAAAUUUUUGUUAGUAAAUCAAAGCUUUACAAAACAUUAGACAUCAACAACAAAACUGAAACCACAAAAAUGAAUAAAUCAAACUGUAUUUAUUUCCAUAAAUACUGAGUUGACUGUAACUUUACAGUUUUGUCUGACAGUAACUUAAAUAAGGGGCUUACUGAAAUUGAAGCAAUUUUGAAAUGUGUCGCCAUCAAGUGGUAUUUUGUGUCACUGUCUGCUUUGACACAAAUGGAUAUUUUACUUGUCCAUCAUGGAAAGAAACCCAUUUAAUCAUUCUAAAGGGAGCAUAGCAUGAAUGUAGCAUCUUGCUUCAGGCUUUGUUGUUUUUAGCACAAAGCUAACCAGCAUUUUGUUGGUUAAAUUGCAUGAUGUUUGCCAGUCUCAUUUGUUUUGUUUUAAAUGGGAGAAGAUUUCUUUUUUAAACCAAGAUUAACAAAAAAAAAAAAAAAGAAAAGUAAAGAUUUGUACAUUUUUAACAUUUCAGGCAGAAAAACAAAAAAAAGUCUCAGUGGUGCCAAAGCCUGUGAUGAGUUCUCACGCCUUCGGUGCCAAGCAAGAUCUGUAAACACUCGUAUUUUGUUUGUUGUGUCAGACGGUGUUUUCAUACUACGUGAUCAAAUGAAAUUUAAUUUAUUAAUAUGUAUUAUAAAUGCCAACUUUGUGCCAUACCAUCUCACCCGUUUUUUUUUUUUUUUUUCCUCCAAUCAGACUGUAGAAGGCGACAUGACAGUUAUCUUUAGUGUUUUUUUUGUUUGUUGUUCCUCUCUGCUCAGGGACAUCAGGUUGUGAUUCCUGUGACAGAGCUGAAGAUCUGUGACACAUAGAGAGCUUCUUCAUGCGUUAGGUGUUCUUUGAUGAUUGUGGAUGUUUAUUUAAUUCUAGAACACGUCUAGCUGAAACCGUCUGGUGUUUUGUAAGAAGUACAAUGAAGACUUUUCCAUAAUAAAAGUGAAAGAUUUUU